CUUUCUUUUCUGCCACUGCCACUAUAGAGCUGACAGAUGGUCCAGUGUAGUCAGUGAGCUUGCAAAUUCCUAAUCAUGGAGGCCAAUCAGGAAGUGUCUCUCUUUUUGGUGAAGAUCUUAGAAGAACUGGACAGUAAGCAGAAUACCGUCUCCUAUCAAGACCUGUGCAAGUCACUGUGUGCCCAGUUUGAUCUGUCCCAGCUUGCCAAACUGAGAAGUGUGCUUUUCUACACAGCGUGUCUCGACCCCAACUUUCCAGCCACUCUAUUCAAGGACAAGAUGAACUGCUCUGUAAAUAAUCAACAGUCCAAAAAAAUCAUGGUGGCGGCAGAUAUUGUGACAAUCUUCAACCUGAUCCAAAUGAACGGGGGCACAGCCAAGGAGAAGCUGCCCGCGGGUUGCCACAAAGUGCGCAAGAAGGAGGCAUCCUUUGAAUCUUGCAGGCCAGACACUGAGGUGUGCAGCCCAACAGUUUGUGAGCCUCUGAACUGUGAGCUGAGCGAGAGGCCCUUCAGCCGAGGCUACCCCACUAGGCAGUCAUCCAAAUGCCGAAAGAUGGACUGUAAGGAAUGCCCACAGUUUGUCCCUGCCUCUGAGCCCAACUUCCUGUUGGGUGUCAGCAAAGAAGGGAAAAACCGGGCAGCCUCUCUGGACAGGCUCCAAGCCCUGUCCCCAUAUUCUGUGGCCAGUCCUCAGCCCUGUGAGAUGCAGAGAACCUACUUCCCCAUGAAUAUUGAGAACGAGUCCAUUUCAGAUCAGGACUCUCUGCCCAUCAGCCAAGGCAUCAAAGAGACCUUCAUGUCCACUGAGGAACCGUUUGUGGUUCAGUCCUGUGUUCAGAAAAGGAACAUAUUCAAAGAAGACUUUCACAAUCUCAUGACUGUAUCCCCCAGUUUGGUUGGUUCCACUAACAAAGCAGAGGGGGAUCAUGGGGAGCCCCACAACCAGAAGGAGAUGCACAAGGCACCCUUCUUCAACCACAGCUUUGAGAUGCCUUACCACAACCAGUACCUGAAUCCGGUGUAUUCCCCCAUCCCUGACAAAAGGCGCGCAAAGCAUGAAAGCUUAGAUGACCUUCAAGCCUCUACCUAUUUUGGACCCACCCCAGUGAUGGGAACACAAGAUGCUAGGCGCUGUCCAGGGAGGUCCAGUAAACAGACCCCAUGGCCCGCCAAAAGCUGGAGUCUAAACACAGAGGAAGUGCCUGACUUUGAACGGUCCUUUUUCAGUAGGAAUCCCUCUGAGGAGAAGCUACGCUAUCCAAAUUCUGGCAGCCAGACCCCCAAUUUCUCAGGCCCAGAGAGGCAUCCAGCCUACCUGGUGCCAAAGGAUCAACAGAAAGUUCUCCCUGCCAGCUAUGCAGUGAAACCAAACGGACUCAAAUCUAAAGAGAUCUCAUCCUCCGUUGACCUGGAGAAGCACGAAGCCAUCAAGAAGUUUAAGGACAAAAGCAUCAGCUGCACCAGUGGCCAGCACAGCUCAGACACCAGCAGUGUGGGUACUCAGACAGAACAACAUGUGCUGGACACCCCCAAAUGCAAAGACCUGUGUGCUUCCGGUCAGGCCAAGUACAGUGACAGGCAUGCCAUGAAGCACUCGGAUGACGACUCAGAAAUUGUCAGUGAUGACAUCAGUGACAUUUUCCGGUUUCUUGAUGACAUGAGCAUCAGCGGCUCCACGGGGGUGAUACAGUCAUCCUGCUACAACAGCACUGGCUCCUUGUCUCAGCUUCAUAAGUCAGACUGUGACAGUUCGCCAGAGCAUAACCUCGCCAAGAUCACCAACGGGGUCCCCAGCAGCAGGGCAGACAAGUGUAACCGGCCUGAAAAUGUCCACCACUCUGAAGAGGAGUUGAAGACCAGUGUGUGCAAACUGGUCCUCAGGAUUGGUGAGAUUGAGCGGAAGCUGGAGUCACUGUCGGGAGUCCGUGAGGAAAUCUCCCAGGUACUUGGAAAGCUCAAUAAACUGGAUCAGAAAAUACAACAGCCAGAGAAAGUGAAUGUGCAGAUUGAUCUCAACUCCCUGACCAGCGAUGCACCUUCUGAUGACAGUGCCUCUCCUAGGGUGUUCCGAGCACACAGUGGCUCCCACGGACCCAAGGUAGAGAACAGCCCAGACUGGUGCUGCUCCGAUGCCAGUGGGAGCAACAGUGAAAGCCUGCGCGUCAAGGCUUUAAAGAAAAGCCUUUUUACCAGGCCAUCUUCCAGGUCCCUGACUGAGGAGAACAGUGCCACAGAGUCCAAAAUUGCCAGCAUUUCCAACUCUCCUAGAGACUGGCGAACCAUCACUUAUACCAAUCGCAUGGGCCUCAGCGAGGAGGAGAUAAAAGAUGCGGGCCCAGCCGAUAACAAAGACUGGCAUCGGAAAUCCAAGGAGGCAGACAGACAGUACGACAUCCCCCCACAGCACCGACUGCCCAAACAGCCCAAAGAUGGCUUCCUGGUGGAGCAGGUGUUCAGUCCUCAUCCUUAUCCCACCUCCCUCAAGGCCCACAUGAAGAGCAACCCCCUGUACACAGACAUGAGGCUGACUGAGCUAGCUGAGGUGAAGCGGGGCCAGCCUUCCUGGACCAUAGAGGAGUAUGCUCGGAACUCUGGUGACAAGGGCAAGCUGACAGCUUUGGACCUGCAGACCCAAGAAUCCUUAAACCCAAACAACUUGGAAUACUGGAUGGAAGACAUUUAUACUCCAGGCUAUGAUUCAUUACUAAAACGGAAAGAAGCUGAGUUCAGACGAGCCAAGGUCUGCAAGAUCGCUGCCCUCAUCACGGCUGCAGCAUGCACGGUCAUUCUUGUCAUUGUUGUGCCCAUCUGCACAAUGAAGUCCUGA